UAUCAAUUGUCUUGGAAGGAAGUCAUGUAUCUGAUUGCUGCUGUCUGCAUUGUGAUGAGCUUUUUGGAAGAAGUGGAUAGUUUCUGUCCGUCUCAGUGCACUUGCAUCUAUCAUGGAAGAGGGGAUGACACUGGAACAAGGUCUGUGCUGUGCAAUGAUCCUGAUAUGUUUGAGAUACCUGUAAACGUUCCAGUGGAUACAGUGAAACUCCGGAUAGAAAAGACUGUCAUACGAAAGAUCCCGACUGAAGCCUUCUACUACCUGGUGGAUCUCAAAUACCUGUGGCUUACCUACAACUCUAUAGCAAACAUCGACACGAGCAGCUUCUAUAAUUUAAAACUGUUGCAUGAAUUGCGCCUGGAUGGGAAUUUGCUGUCGAGUUUCCCUUGGGAAUCUUUGGCUGAGAUGCCUAACCUCCGAACACUUGACUUACACAACAACCUAAUGACCAGUAUUCCUGCUGAGGCCAGCAAAUAUCUGAGGAAUCUCACUUACCUGGACAUAUCUAGCAACAAAUUAACCUCUCUGCCAUCAGACAUUUUGGAUAUCUUGCUUCCUUUUUCUGAAACAGGAUUGCCCAGAAACACAGAACCCAGGAAUGCAGACUCCAUAAUACAGAGGGUCAUAUUAGGCUUGCAGGACAACCCAUGGUAUUGUGACUGUCGGAUUUCCAAGCUAAUUGAAUUUUCCAAAAUUGUGGAUACCGCCAUUUUGCUUCUGGACCCUUUUGUGGCUUGCAGUGGUCCUGAGAGCCUGGCUGGGAUUUUGUUCCAAAGAGCAGAGCUGGAACAGUGCUUGAAACCAUCCGUCAUGACUUCGGCUACAAAGAUCACCUCGCCCCUGGGAAGCAACGUCCUUCUGCGCUGUGAUGCAACUGGCUAUCCCACCCCACAACUCACCUGGGUUAGAUCAGACAAUGUGCCAGUGAACUAUACAGUUAUUCAAGAAAGUCCCGGUGAAGGUGUAAGAUGGUCCAUCAUCAGCUUGACAGGCAUUUCCUACAAGGAUGCAGGCGACUACAGAUGCAAGGCCAAAAAUUUGGCUGGAAUGUCCGAAGCUGCUGUUACAGUCACUGUUGUUGGUGUUGUCACCACAACUGUUUCUCCGCAAAAGUACGGGAAAAAGACUGGAGCAGAGCAGCAAAACACCACCCAGGAAGUGGUCAAACAAGAAUCCUUGAAUACAACCACCGCUUCUCCUUCAACAUUGCCUACGAGCACUUCUCCUCCUACAACAACAACAGUGGCUACCAGUGAAAGGCCUACAACUGACAGAAGCAGUGACAAAAAACCACCCAAGUCGAUGCCAGAUGGAAGAAAGAACUCCAAAUCAAUUACAAAUGGAGGCAAGAAACAACCAGGUGAUGUUAGCAAGAAGGAUGACGGGACAUCCCUCAGCGCAGCAGCAGGAGCUGAAAAAAAUGGUGCAGUAAAAAACCUAAGAGUAAUUCCUGAAACUGACGACAGGGUGACCUUAACGUGGAAAACUGCCAAUGUCACAAGCAACUCUUCUUUGACUGUGUUGUACUCAAAGUAUGGGGAGAAAGACAUGCUGCCCCUGAGCAGAGACCCCUCGAAAAACAAAGUCACCAUAGAUGGUUUAGAACCCAGCACACAAUAUAUGGCCUGUGUUGUUCCCAAAGGGACCCCACCUACGAAGGACCAGUGCAUCAUUUUCUCCACUGAUGGAAUUACCGUGGAACGUGAUUAUCCGAUUCCCAUUUUGCUGGUGGCUGGUGGGGUGGCCUGUGCCGUUGUCUUACCGCUGAUAUUUUUCUUACUGUAUAAAGUCUUAAUGCUUCACAGGAAACCCAAACCCGUCAGGGAAGAUGACCUUGAAAAAGAGACUUACGUCAAAUUUGAAACCCUUUCCCUCAAACCGCGUUCCGUGGUGGCAGGUGGGGAGCUUUGGGCUCGGCGGAACACCGAUGACUCAGAAAGACUACUGCUGUGUUCUAGGUCAAGUAUGGAUUCUCAGAUGACCUUCAAAAGUGAAGGGUCAAGGUCAGAGUACCUCUGUUGA